AUGGCUAAUAUUUCUACUCCAUGUUCGCCCCCUUUCCAUGUCAUUGCCCUUGAUAUGGACGGUACGCUACUUAACCCCGAUCAUGAAAUUACGGACUUCACAAAGAAGACGAUACAGGAUGUAGUGGCAAAGUACCCGACACAAGUGUUUGUUGCAUUGGCCUCUGGACGGCAUUAUGCUGACUUAAAGCCCAUCUUAGACAGUUUAGAGCUACCAGAGGAAAGUGGAGCCAUCAUAGCGUGCAAUGGUGCCUGCGCUUACGCUUUCAACACCAACAAUGCGUUUAAUGAGAAAGACAAAGUAAACGAGGAACAAAAAGUGCACCCAGACAGAAAACUCAAGUGUGAUUUGAUUCAAAUUCGGAAUGUGUGUAUUCCACCAGAAAGCGUUUGUCAGGUUCUGUCCAUGUGGUUGAAUUUUGAUAAUAAAGAUAUAAACCUUCAUAUUUAUCAGAAUGAUCAUUGGUUAUGUGCUAUGGAAGAGAAAGAAAUUUUGGAGUACUCGAAUAUCAGUGGGUUUGUAUACGAACUAUGCAAUCUAUCGGAGCUGGUCCAAGCUUACAAUGAGCACCAAAAGCUGAGUCUGGGAGCAUGCGGUGAUGAUUCAACAAGCGAUGGCUACAAUAGCACAAGCCCCAUUAAUCCCCUUGAUGGCAUACCAAAGAUCUUCGUAUCAAGCAAAAAUCCUGAGCUGUUAGCAGAAUUCAGGUCUCGCGUUCAGGCUGCAAUUCCUUGUCUCAGUCUCACGUUUUCCAGCAAGUGCUUCCUUGAAAUUAUGGGGACAGAUGUCUCGAAGUUUACCGGAUUGCAGUCCCUCAUGCCGCAUGUACAGGCUUACGCCGCGACGAAAAAGAGUGUGGGGGAUUCCAAGGAUAAUAAAACCGGCAAAACAGAGGGCCAAAGCGAGGCGCCUUGGACGGUAGAAUCGGUGUGCCUUGCAUUUGGCGACAAUGAGAAUGAUGUAUCAAUGAUAAGGAAUGCCGCAAGGGGGUGUCUAAUGGGAAACGGCCCAGAGGCUCUAAAGGAGAGCCUGAAAAAUGAUGUAGUGGUUGUUGGCACUAAUUAUGAGGAUGGCGUGGCCCAUGAGCUCAAGAAAAUUUUUAAUGUUUGA